UUAUUUUGUCGUUAUUGGACUGAAUUAGUCUUCUUCAACAGCCCAGCCCACUUCGGGCCCAACCUACUUCGGGCCCAGUUAUCAACUAACAUUGAUUCGGCCCGAUUAGCAACCGUCGAGUAAAUUGUUCUGCUCACACUUUUCACACAGUCUCUGCCUCUCUCUCUACGGAUUCGCAGCAGCAAAUGGAAGACAUAGAGGACUUAUUGGUCGGGGGAGGCGGCGGAGCGCCGCCGGGAUUUCGGAUUCCGGUCGCAGCCGCCGUCGGUAUCAAGCCAAAGAAGAGCGUUUCCCGUGAUUAUCUCAAGGACUACAGCACUUCCAAAAUACCUGGCACUCAGACAAUCUACAUAAAGACUUUUGGGUGUUCACAUAAUCAGAGUGAUAGCGAAUACAUGGCAGGGCAACUUUCUGCAUUUGGAUACAAUUUGAGUGAAAACCAGGAUGAAGCAGACCUAUGGUUGAUAAACACCUGUACAGUUAAGUCCCCUAGUCAGUCUGCUAUGGAUACACUUAUUACUAAAUGUCGAAAUGCAAAAAAGCCUCUAGUGGUUGCCGGAUGUGUUCCUCAGGGAAGUCGUGAUCUGAAAGAGCUCGAUGGAGUAAGUAUAGUUGGAGUCCAGCAAAUUGAUAGAGUGGUAGAAGUCGUCGAAGAAACCCUAAAAGGUCACGAGGUUCGACUCCUGACUCGGAAGACACUACCAGCACUUGAUCUUCCAAAGGUGAGAAAGAACAUGUUUGUGGAGAUCCUUCCGAUUAACGUUGGUUGCUUAGGUGCUUGCACUUAUUGCAAGACAAAGCAUGCUCGUGGUCAUCUUGGAAGCUACACUGUUGAUGGCCUCGUUGGUCGUGUGAGAUCUGUAAUAGAUGAUGGAGUCAAGGAGAUCUGGUUAAGUAGUGAAGACACUGGAGCAUAUGGUCGUGACAUUGGGGUUAAUCUUCCAAUUUUAUUGAAUUCAUUAGUAGCAGAGCUUCCUUCUGAUGGAAGCACGAUGCUGCGAAUUGGAAUGACUAAUCCUCCUUAUAUCCUAGAACACUUGAAAGAAAUAGCUGAGGUUUUGCGCCACCCUUGCGUGUAUUCUUUCCUUCACGUACCAGUUCAGUCUGGAAGUGAUCGCGUCUUGACUGCGAUGAACAGGGAAUAUACUGUUGGUGAGUUCAGGACGGUGGUUGAUACAUUGAUGGAACUGGUGCCUGGAAUGCAAAUAGCUACUGAUAUCAUAUGUGGAUUUCCAGGGGAAACGGAUGAAGAUUUUGAAGCGACGGUCAACCUCAUCAAGGAUUACAAGCUUCCUCAAGUUCACAUAUCACAAUUCUACCCUCGGCCUGGAACACCCGCUGCAAGGAUGAAAAAGGUUCCCAGUAAUAUUGUGAAGAGACGCAGUCGUGAGCUGACUACUGUAUUCGAGUCAUUUACACCAUAUGUUGGAAUGGAAGGCAAAAUAGAGAGGAUAUGGAUCACCGAUAUCGCAACAGAUGGAAGCCACUUGGUGGGUCACACGAAAGGAUACAUCCAGGUGCUAGUAGUUGGGCCAGAAAGCAUGUUGGGGUCUUCAGCCACUGUGAAGAUAACAUCGGUCGGAAGAUGGUCGGUUUUUGGAGAGGUUAUCCAAAUCCAUAGCCAAAACACUAAGCCCCGUAAAAAUAGUGCUCGUGUUGAAAAAAAUUCAUGUUCCAACUCGAAAGAAACCUGUUGUUCUGAAGAGUCGGAAACCUGUGCUUGCGGACUCACAAGUGGCUGUGGACAAACUGAAGAGGCAACUGAUGUUUCGGUUUUAAAGGAUGACCAAAAGACGGGCGAAAUUAGAAGCCAAAAUUUAAUAGGAUAUUUACUCAGGAAGCGGAAGAAUAGUUCUCAUAGAAAGAUCGAGAAUCAGGUGGUGAAAGAAAUGGAUGGAAAUGAAGGAACCUCGAAUGACUGGGCUCUUGUCGAUAAAGCUCUUCUUGUUGGAAUAGUCAUGAGCUUGUUGACCAUAAUUGCUAUUUUUCGUUUCUGGUUAUAGAGAUUUCUCACUCUGAAUAAUUAGUGUAUGAUUAUUGAUUUAUGGCAAAAUGCUGCUACAGGCCUCAGGUCUUUAGAAUUUUUGAAAUGAGUAACAUACUUUCGGUGGGAAUUUCAAAUUGUCUGCUGUAAUAGUUUUCUUUCUCUAAGUUUUUACUGUAGUUGCAGCAUUUUGGAAUGUUUGAGAAACAUUGUUGUGAAAUUAAUUUCUA